AGAAGAAGAAGUAGUAGUAGAAGUACAUGAGUUUCCUGUUUCGGAUAAGGGUGAAUGUCUGCGCCAUCGUUUCUCGGCUGCUGUCGACGAUUAAACAAGAAGACUUGAUUCACUAACGUAUUCGUCGUGGUCAUGUUUUUAAUGAAGCUAUGUGUGGCACAGAGUCUGUUAUGCCGUACAGGUCGCAUGCCACUGUUACCGCUCCGUGCACACACUGCAGGGUUCGGCCAGGCUUCGCUGGUUCAUACUCAGAUUCCACAACUCAGCUCCAACAGGACGGCACUGGUGCGCUGUGGUAGGCAGAGAUACGAGAGACUGUACCCUGUGAUACUGGUCCUACCUGAUGGCUCGACAGUAAACAUCAAAUACAAAGAACCCAGACGCAUCCUCUUGAUGCCGGUUAAUUUGUCUACUCUGUCUGAAGAGGAGCGCCGAGCUCGACAGAAAAAGAGACAAGUAAAGAAGACAAAAAAACAGACAACUGUCCAUGAUGAAGAUGACUUCAAAGCUGAUAAAUACAGCCAGUUUUGGAAAAAUAAAUAACGUCUUAAUAUGUGAAUAUAAAGCACAAAUGGGACAGCAUAUCUAAAAAUCUGACUCCCACUCACUCUCAAGCUUCCAUAUACAUACAGUAUGUUUAAAUUGAAUUGCCUACAUGCCAGAAAAAAAAGUCCUCCAGAGGAUUCGAUUGUGGGACGUUUUUAUGGCGAGAGGGAUGACUGAACACCAUGUGUCAAAGGGGAAGCUCUGAUGCUGAGAUAUGUUCAGACUUUGGGUUACUUGAAUUGUAAGUAACCUGUUAAAGCUGGACACCAUAACAAUGUUAAGUUAAUAAAUUGUUUGAAAGCUGUG